UGUGAUUUGUUGGAUGUUUAUAUAUGACGCCACUGAAAAAUCUCUUGAUGGGCUCUGUUUGCUAAUGCAUCGACCGGUUGAACGGUCAAACCUUGUAAGAGCCCCCACGAGAUACACCAAGACAAGGGUCUGAAGGAUUUUCAGCCGUGAGUGGCUGGCUAUUCCCAGAAUCUAGGAACCCGGAUGCUCUGACGGACCGCAGAAGAGAUGUAUAAAUACCAUGCAAUACCUCCUGCAUGAAUAGUUGUUUCCUCAGCCUCUCAGCCUCAUCCGCCAAUUCCAGAGCUACAUCUCUCCCUCUACAAUCAACCGUCAAGAUGAUGUUCAAGACCACUGCCGUAGCCCUCCUCCUCGGAGCAGCCACCGCCACUCCCAUCUUCGGCCGCGCGGAGACCAGCCAGACAAAGUCUGCUCCUCAGACCACCGCCACCAACAGCGUUUACGACUGGUCUGAGGGCUGGGCCAAGGAUUAUCCCAUCCACCAGUCCUGCAACGCGACGCUUCGUCGUCAGCUGGUCAAUGCUCUGGAUGAGACUGUUCAGCUAGCUCAGCACGCAAAGGACCAUCUCCUCCGAUGGGGAAAUGAGUCUGAGUUCAAGCAGAAGUACUUUGGUAAUGGCUCGACUGCUACGCCUAUUGGUUGGUAUGAUCGUGUUAUCAACGCCAACAAGGCGGGUAUGCUGUUCCGUUGCGAUGAUCCUGACAAGAACUGCGCUACUCAGGAUAAAUGGGCUGGCCACUGGCGAGGUGACAACGCCACCACCGAGACUGUCAUCUGCCCUCUCUCCUUCGAGAUCCGCCGCAGUCUCGACUCCGUCUGCGGUCUCGGCUACACCGUCGCCCAAUCCAAGCUCAACACCUUCUGGGCCACUGAUCUCCUGCACCGCGUCCUCCACGUCCCUACCAUCAGCGAGGGUAUCGUCGACCACUUCGCCGAAGACUACGCUGAAGCUCUCGAGCUCGCCAAGACCGAUCCUUCCAAGAGCGUCAUCGACAGCGACGCUCUUCAGUACUUCGCUAUUGACGUUUACGCUUACGACAUUGCUGCUCCUGGUGAGGGAUGCACUGGUGAGGCGGAGGAGAAGGAGACUCCCACCAAGGCGGACUCUGCUAAGCCUAGUGCUACCAAGGAGGCUCCUAAGGAGUGCCACACUCACAGUGACGGUGUGGUUCACUGCUCUUAAAAGGGUGUGAACUAGUUUUCGAUUCUAAUGACCCUUUUUUGUUGUGCUGUCGAUUAAGCUGAGACCUACUCUGGUAUCAUCUUGACGGCAAGUGUCUGUGGGGAUUAGAACUUUCCUGUCUUGGUAUUUAACGGAUAGCACCAGACAAUGGUUUUGAAAGAUUCAAUUGAUAUUCGGGCAAGUAGAUACAGGCAGUCUAGAAGUUCACAUAGACGGCACAACAGCCAACCAAACAUAAUGAUAAUUAGUACAAUGCACGAUCGUGUCGAAGAUUCAACUAUUUGACUUUUAGUAUAUGCUUACUAUUUCAGCUUCGUGAAAAAUGCUAGGCCUCAACACUUUCUAUGAAUUCCAAUUGGAAUACGUUUGUUCUUCCCAGUAUUUCCUAGUCGGGAUCAAGCUGACCCACUGUUCUCUUCCUCGC